CUUGGGAAUCUCCAAAAUUUGCCAGGUCUAAAGAGCGACAUCCGAUGGAGGGACCGGCUCUCGGAGAUACGCGGCUCAAGUGAGGGGUCCUACACUAGGAUAAACUGGGGGAGGAGAGAGCACAGUGAGGCUGUCAUGUAAGUCGUCUCCUCUGGGGCCACCUCUCGGUGUGUGCUGCUUCCUGCCUUAGGUAGAAGCCUCAGUGUAUCUGCUGCUGGGGCGUCAGGCUGCUCGCUCUCCUUUCCUCUCCCUCCCAUUGAGAAGCCAACAGCUCUACUCUCAAAGCACAGCAAUGGAGAAGAGUUGCUCAGAGUGCUCAGUGCCAACACUUGCACAGAGCUUGUGUACGAUCUGCAACAAGUGGUUGUGUUACCAGUGCACAGAUGUGCAUCAGCAUCAGAGAACCCCUGCCACUUCCCAGUACACUGAUAUGCACCAGCAACCGAGGCCCAGUGGCACCCAGUGUCCUGACCUGCACCAGAGAGGCUCCAGCUCCCUGCCUCCAACUGGACAAGGUCCGGGGUCGUAUCCUUGUUCCCUCCUCAUGUGCCACUCUCACAGACAGGAGCCCUUGGAGCUGUUUUGUGAGUCAUGCGACCUUCUGUGCUGUAGCAGCUGUCACCUGUCCUCCCACAAAAACCACAGGGUGGUGCAGAUUGGAAAGGCCCUACAGGAUCAGCAGUGGCUGUUUGAGAACCUGAUAGUGCAGGUGGAUGAGAGGAGGUCUGCAGUGGAGAACAAUGCUAAGCAGAUAGAGGACAGACUUCAUGGAGUAAAGAUUGCACACAGGAAAGCAGAGAACCAGAUUAAAAUGGCAAAGAUGAUUAUGAUGAACGAGCUUAACAAACGAGCCAACCUAUUAAUAGAGCAACUGGAGAAAAUCUCAGAGGACUUCCAGCAGCAUCUGGAGGACCAGCUGCAGGGGGCAAUAGAGAUAUGUGGCCAGCUGGACCAUGUUCAGAAGUUCAUCACCUGGGCUACGACCCACCACCGUAGAGGCCCGGUACUCUUCAGCAGGGCUCUGAUUUCUCUCCAGAUGCAGCAAUUGCUUGAGUCAUCACUCCACUCAGACUCGUGGACUCCUGUCAGGAUCAAAUUCAACUGGGAUGCUAGUUACUGGACCAAGCAGAUUUCCUCUUUAGGUCAGCUGACUGUUGAAGGAGGAAACUGCACUUAUCCUCAGGGCUUGGCCUGCUCCAGUCUUCUAAGGCCUCAGCCCAUUCCCUGCUUAGGUCUGUCGUCUGUGUGUCAUAGGGAAUCAGGCUGUGGAUACCAGAACUGCUGCGAGCCCCAGAUUUGUUGCCUUCAUGGUAUUCCCUCUCAGCCAGAUCCGUCCAGUCUGGAAAAAAGCCAGCUGGAAGUCCCACUUUAUAACUCCAGCUGUGUUCAGCCUGCCCUUAUCUCUGCCUCUUUGCACCAGAGCCAGCAGCUCCAGAGGUUUUGGGAGCAAGAGAGCCCAUCGCAAUGUCCUCCCCCUUCAUCACCUGUCCCAAUCAUGGGACCCAUCCAGUUUAACUGUCGAGGAUCUGCAUCUCAACCACAGGCUGCUGCCUCUCAGCCCAAGUCUCAAACUAAAUCUUAUCUCUGUCGUCAACAACCGAGAGAAGUUUUUCCAGACAGCCAGGCUCAGCCGAGUGCAGCCCAUACCAGGCAAGGCCAACGUCAGAGGAAGCUGUCGACCAGCACGGCUCUGCAGCAAGAUCUCAGCCACACAGCCGCUGACAGAGAUGUGACGACGGAAGAGAACUGGGAGGAGAGCUGUAGAGUGGAGGAGGCUCGGACAAAUGAGCUGCCGGAUGAGGAGCUCCAGCAGGACGGAAGGGAGCAGAGUACUGUCCAACAGCAGCAGCAGCAGCAGCAGCUCCAUGUUCCUCCCGUAGCGGAGCUGAGAAAAGAGCUGCAGAGAAACAGACCUGCAUUGAUGCUGAGAGACCAUAGAGAUAUCAGGAGAUCUACAUCCCUGGAGGUGUCGGUGACAGCCCACAAGUGUGUAACUGAUGUGCAGAGCAGCAGACUCAGCCCUAGUUUAGUGUGCACGAGAAAGGAAAGACGCUCCCAGAGCAUCCCGGCAGAACUGGCAGCCCCAUCCACCGGCCCUUACACUGAAAGGCCCACAGGAUGCACUCGCGGACUACAGGCAGGAGCUGCAACUAAGUAUGUCAGUAUGGAUCCCAGACAGAGGAGAGCUUCAGAUGGGGUGCUUUGUGUGGUCAAGGAAACUUCGUCUGACACAGCGCCCUCCACAGGCAACCGGUCUCCUCUACUAUCUUACAAAACAGAGCCAGAUCAUUCUGUUACUUAUGUUAAUGAAGAGAUUGAUUAUGAGGCCAAGGGGAAAUGCAGGGUGUCAAGAAACAGCCACAACAGUAACAAAGAUGUCCAGAACGACUUAGGACGGCCCAGGGUUCCAGUGGUUUGCUUGGAACGUCUCAAAAUACUUGUGUCUCAACUCCCCCCACAUGGAAGACGGCAGAGCGACCCUUUACCUGCCAGCGGGAAGGAGAAGAGCGAAAUGCUCCCGCAGCAGAGAGACUGGCAUGAUGCGACACCUAAAGGGAUAGCUGGAGGCUCCGAGAUCCCAAAGACCACCCGCUCAUUUACAGCUUCACCAUAUGCAGAGCGACAGAACUGUAAUCAGUCUACCACACACUCAACCACCAGUGAGUUUGACAGCCAAGGUAGAGUCAGCUCUCAAAAAGCGUCCACGCUUCCGACCGCUGACCCUAAAUAUGUGCCACAGAGUUACUCUGCGCUGGAUCUUGACUCUGACUCUGAUCCCAGAUCAGUCUCAGAGGACGCAGUUGUUUCCAGGGCAGAUCCAGACCCACAGCUAGACUCAGAUGCAUCCCCAGAUUCUGACCCAAAUGCAGAUUCUUCAUCUGAGAAAUCAGUGACUGCAGAAGAGAUGGGGCUCUGCGGUGAUACUGACAUCGCAGGGGACUCAGAGCCAAGUCUUGAAUAUGAGCCAGACCAAGAAUCAGAUGCAGGAGCGAGAUCAGAAAAUGGCCAACAGCUGGACGCUGAUGCAGAAUCAGGCGAUGCUGAAACCGAGUCAGACAUCCAGCCUGACUAUGAUCACAGUUUUCAGGCAGAGACUGACUCUGACGUUGUAUCCGAUCAGCGUCCAGACUCGCAGGGCUCUGUAGAGUCUGAGCUUGACAUUGAAUCUGAACCUGAACUGACAACUGACGACCCACAACCGCUUCGCUCUGACUUGGAAGAAGAGUCCCCUAUUAGUGCUGCUCAGAGGCCACUUCUGGUUGAAAACCCUCUAGCUCAAAGAGGCACAGAGAAAGUCCAGCCUGACCAGGACAAUGCAGAGAUGGAGAAUGAGGACUUCUGUGCCGUGUGUCUGAUUGGAGGGGACCUGCUGUGCUGUGACCGCUGUCCAAAGGUUUUUCAUCUGUCUUGCCACAUCCCGUCUCUGCUAAGCUUCCCCUCAGGUGAUUGGGUGUGCAACCUGUGCAGAGACGUCGUGCAGCCAGAGGUUAAGUAUGACUGUGAGAAUGAGAGAACAUCUGGAGAACACACAUUGGCACACGGAUUGGCUGCAUGUGACCAGAGAAAAUGUGAGCGGCUGACUCUUUUGAUCCUCAGUAACGUUCUGAGUUCUCCCUUCCAUGAGCCUGUCAGUCCACUUGCUCGUCAUUACUACCAGAUCAUUAAGAGGCCUAUGGACCUGUCCGUGAUCAGGGCCAAACUCAACAAGAGGAAUACUCAACAUUAUAACUCACCAGAACAGUUUGUUGCUGAUGUCUAUCUCAUGUUUCGCAACUGUGCAAAGUUUAAUUAUCCUGACUCAGAGGUGGCCCAAGCAGGCCGCAGCCUCGAGGCGUUCUUCACCUCCAAAGUGAAGGAAGUUUUCUCAGACAGAGUUUUCCUUGCAGCUGAGGCGGACUCUGACAGUGAUGAGUAUGAUGAGGCCUACAGGAACACUGAGAGUGGCUUCCCCUGGCCAGAGAGGAGAGAGCACUGCCACAGGAAGAGGAAGAGGAGACACUCUCUCAAGUCCAAGAGACAACACUUCUAACCAGAGGUGAAUGAAGUGCAGCCAUGGACACAAAUAUGCUGUAUUUGUGGGUAAUUAUACUGUUUUUAUUUAGCAGCUUGUGGGGCUGUUACAGUGUUCAUUCUGUAAUCUUUUUGGGGGUUUGCAAUAAUAUCACAGUGCUGCCAUCCAAUGGAAGUA